AUGCAUCAUAUGAUGCGUUCAACUCCUUCUUAUUUUCUUUAUAAGCCUGACCAGUUGACGGACUUUAGAAUAAGACUUCUUUAUCUCCUUAGAGCUUCACAUACAUAUACCAAAAUAUUAGAAGAUGUUCUUAAAAAGAAAGAAAAGGAUGAAGAGGAUAGGGCUAAAAUAGUGACUUUAAAGAUCAUUUCAAACAUUAAGAUAUUGAUCAAAGAUUUUUUCCGUAAUCCUCCAAGUCAAAAAUCUUUAAUAGUACUAUCUUGGCUCGGAAUUGAAAAUCCUUCUGCCAAGAGAAAAGCCACAUCAGCUGACAGGACCUCAAAGAUAUUUAAAGGACACUACGGACAACGGGUACAUCGACCUCGCAUGUUUGUUCCAAAAGUACCGAAAUACCUUUGCAACAUGUACCCUCCUAAUAUUCGCCUGUCCCGAUUCGACAAAUGGGCCCUUGAUUACGUCAUCAAAACUGAAUAG